UCAUUCUUGAAUAGUUAACAGAGGCUUGCGGUGGGCAGUGACGCAGAGUCUGAGACUUUCCUCGUAAUUUAUCAACAAUAUUCGCAUCUUUCAGCGGAACGGAUUUAAUACUUUUCUCCACUUCAAUCUUCACGACAUUGAAACGCAAUAAAGGAUCAAAUCCAUGUGAUUUCGUUUGUUCCAAACCAGACGAGCCUUUUACAUGUGGAUAUUGAUGUGAUAGGGAAUAAAUAAAGAUGCCUCAGCCGAAAUCGCGAAAGAUCGCCGUCCUGGGCUACAGAUCCGUCGGGAAAUCCUCCUUGACAAUACAGUUUGUGGAAGGCCAGUUUGUCGACUCCUACGACCCCACGAUCGAAAACACAUUUACGAAAAUGAUCACGGUGAACGGUCAGGAGUAUCACCUGCAGCUGGUGGACACAGCAGGACAGGACGAAUACUCUAUUUUCCCGCAGACGUACUCCAUAGAUAUCAACGGCUACAUCCUGGUGUAUUCAGUCACGUCGAAUAAAAGUUUUGAAGUAGUAAAAGUUAUCCAUGAAAAGUUGUUGGAUAUGGUGGGAAAAGUACAAGUACCCAUAAUGCUGGUGGGCAACAAGAAAGACCUUCACAUGGAGCGAGUGAUCAGCUGUGAAGAGGGCAAAGCUUUGGCAGAAUCCUGGAACGCAGCGUUCAUGGAGUCCUCAGCCAAAGAGAACCAGACGGCCGUGGAGGUGUUUAAGAGGAUAAUCCUGGAGGCGGAGAAGAUCGACGGCGGCGCUCCUCAGGGCCGGACACCCUGCUCUAUGAUGUAGAUAACCCCGCCCCCUCCCUGCCCUGACCCCGCCCCUCUCCCACAGUCUGCCCCGCCCACCGGAGAGCAAGCACAGACUUUUCUAGCAAGCAUGUUGUGUGUUUGAGGCUGGAGUUUGUGCUUGGCUUGUGUUUCUGCUCUAGUUCUAGAAUAAACGGAUGUGAACAGGGUUCGAGACAAUGUUUGCUAGAAAGGUGUGUGUUUCGAGCUCCUCCUGCAGCACUGGACACUGGGAAACACAUCCCUCUACUUGAAGUGGCUAACUGCCUGUUUCCUGCAUAGACAUGUCCGCUUUUCCUUUUAAACCUGUUUUAUACUUCAUUUGACUUCACAUUUUUUUAGUUGUGUGAUAUUUUUCUUUUCCGGGUCUGUCCGUGGCGUUCCUGAAUAACACACAGCCUUACGUUUGCGUCUCGCUCGUCUCCCCGAACCCUCUGGAGUUUAUAAAUCAUGUUUCUUAAGCGUAAUUAUGGCCAAUGAAGCCGGCAGCAUUCAUUCAGUAGUGAACGUUGUUGGACUUUUUUGAUUGUAAUCAUUAAACGCAGCAGUUUGUUUCACUA